UAAAGUCUUCAAGUACAGGCGUAGAGUGUAAUCGCUAUAGAUGUGGGAAUGUGGGGUCUGUUUCCUUUGUGCUGACAUGUUCCUGCCCUUUAGGUGAACCGAGGAAUUAAAGGCAUUGUGAAGGAUGAACAGGGGAAUCCUAUUGCAAACGCCACCAUCUCUGUUGAAGGGAUCAACCAUGACGUUACCACAGCACCAACGGGGGACUACUGGAGGCUUCUCAACCCAGGAGAGUACCAGGUGACUGCUCGAGCCGAGGGCUUUUCCUCCAUGACUAAACUGUGCGUGGUGGGGUAUGAACCGGGGGCCGCGGCCUGCAGCUUCAACAUGGCAAAGUCCAACUGGGAUCGCAUCAAACAGAUUAUGGCCCUUCACGGCAACCGGCCGAUUCGACUCAGCUAUGGCAACGGCCGGAUGCAGAGUUCUGCGGUUUCUACUCCCCGCAGACGCGUGGCUUCACACGAUGGUGAUGAGGGCAGCACACUCACAGCCCUGCAGCGAAGGAAGCAGAGGUUGCGUCGCCUUCGACUGCGGAAAUUGAUGAAGCUAAGAGCUAUGACCACAUUACCCCCCACAACUACCACCACACUGCCCACCACAGCAGAAACCACCACUUCCUGGUACGACUCGUGGCCACUUUGGGAAGGACAGUCCUCAACACCCGGCGGGUUCACAGACUCUCUCCUGGAUUAUAACUAUUACAAUUUUGACUAAAUGUACAAGAAACAACCAAAUGUUACUAAUUCUUCUCACUCAAAUUGUACUUACAGCUGUUGGAGAAGUCAAACAUUGCAAUGACAAAAAAAAGUUAACAUUUUGUUCGACUUCAUAUAAAAGAAUGUGAUAGAAAAAAGGGAACUUUAAUUUUUACAUUUUCUGUCGUACUUUUUGUUGUAAAUGAAAUUCGCUUAAUGGAAAGAGGUUUAUUUUUAACACUUGUAUAAAAAAAAAGAAAAAAAUGUAUUUACAUUAUCUUCUGAAAUGCAAUUGAUUCGGCCGCUGAAGAAAAAACAGUCAAGGAAGCUCCAGGUUCCUCUGGCACAGAUGGUGUGAGAAUAAACUUAUUACACAA